AUGAAGCUCAUUGUUCGUGGUCGUAUUUAUUGGGGUUCUCUUUACAUGUGGUGGCAUCCAGUUGUGUUUCGAAUGGAUGUGAGUGGGUUAGAGAGAGACAGAUUGAGAAACAGACUGGUGGACAAAUAGACAGACAGACAGAUAGACAGACAGACAGACAGACAGACUGACUAAUAAACAAGCAGAUAGACAGACAAGCAGAGAGAUAAAAUGACAAACAUAUGGACAGACACACUGACAGACAAACAAACAGACAAAAAGCCAACAGACAAACCAACAGCCAGACAGCAAACAUCACCUACCCAUUCUUCACGACAUGUUGUACAAGCACUAGCAGUGGUCUACCAUAAUGGACAAACAACAGACAGACAAACAGACAGACAGACAGACAGACUUGCAAGGCAAAGGUGCAGGAGCAUGGCUUCUGACAGUACCAUCAUCAUCAUGGCAUGCAUUAUCUCCGUGCGAUUUCCGCUUGGCAUCCUUGAUGAGACUGGGCUGCCAAAUGCCUUUGGCUUCUGGUCAGUGUGACUGUGGGAAAGAAUUAGACUCAGAUGGAUACCACAUGUAAGACUGGGGGCGGCCCGGUAAUCAGUCAUGACAACAUGGUUUCAGCAUGGUCAGACUGUUUGAGUCAACUGCAAUUACAUCACGUAAAAGAACCCAGAGGAAGAUAUGUCAAUUCUGAAGACAGAUCAGACAUAGUCGUAUUCCAUUCGGCAUCGGGGAUGGAUCUUGAAUUGGAUAUUGCUCUAGCGCAUCCCUGGAGCAAUGAACUAGAGGGUUUAUCAGCUACAACUCAAAGAGCAGCGGCAACCAGAAGAGAAAAUCUGAAGAUAAAAAAGUACGACCAGGAGCUCUUGCCUGGAGGUUUUCGACCAACAUUUGUGCCUAUAGUCUUCGAACAUUUUGGCUGUUGGGGAGAGAAAGCUGAAGACUAUUUGAAGAAACUGUCACAGCUAUCAAGAGACGAAGACGGAAAGCCAAAUGCAUCAACCUUCAAGACAUACUGGAGACCUGUGUUUUCUGUGUGUCUACAACGAUCAAAUGCUAGAGUGAUUGACAGAAAAAGAAAGAAGAUUGUUUCAAGAGACAGCCACAUAAACAUAAAUAGUUGUAGGUAGAACCAAGCCCUAUUGGCUUGGGUAGUAUUCAGUUGCUUUGCUUAGAUGGUGUAUAAUAGUUCAAUGUUUGAAAAUAUAUGUAUUGACAGACAGACAACUGACAAACACAGACAGCAAACAUCACCUACCCAAUCCUCAUAACCUGUUGCACAAUCACUUGCAGCCGUCCACCAUAAUGGACAAACAGACAGACAGACAAACAGACAGACAGACAAAUGACAAACAGACAGACAGACAAACAGACAGACAGACAGACAAACAGACAGACAGACAAACAAACAGACAAAAAAGCCAACAGACAAACCAACAGCCAGACAGCAAACAUCACCUACCCAUUCUUAGCACUUGCAGUGGUCUACCAUAAUGGACAAACAACAGACAGACAAACAAACAGACAGACACACAGACAGACAGACAAAUGACAAACACACAGACAGACAGACACGCAGACAAACAAACAAACACACAAAAAAGCCAACAGACAAACCAACAGCCACACAG